GUUGGUGUGGAAUGGGGACAACCACAUUGCGCAUGCGUACGUAGAGUUGAAGGCAAACGAGUGGCGCGGGAAUGUUUCCUACCAAACGACAUAGACGAGGAAACGUCUGAUAGUCUUCUCGGCCCUCAGAACUUUACCAUGGAAGGACACGGAAAAGCCGACGGAAGGACGAAACGUCAUGCAAACAUUGCCCUGCGGACAGACGAAGGUCGAAAACGCCAUCAGAGUCACUGGAUUGUUACUCAUGAUUCGACGUUUUGGUGGAACGUCCAGGGCCAAUGGGGAACGUCUUCUCACGUGGAUCUAGGCCUAUUCCUUCCCUUCCCGGCGGAAUCUUUCACGUGUCACGCUUUCGGGCAGCAUAUUCUCACAUUCGAUCGUUUCAAGUACGUUUUUCAUGCUAGUUCUGAUUGCACGUACGUCCUGGCUCGGCAUCGUCAUCUCAACGACACAUUUGCAGUGACACUCUCCGGCAACGAUGUCAAUAUCUUGAGCAACGGAACGACAUACACUCUCACCCAUCAAACACACGUACUGAAAGUAAACGGACACUACACGCCAAUCCCUUACUCUGUGGGCUCUGAAGUGGGAGUGGAGAUGGUCGUCCUUCACAAACUUGAAUACAUUUACGUUUGGCUUGGCGUCGGUAUCCACUUGUUGUAUGGCGAGGGUGGAGUCCGCUUGACGGUGAGUGGUUACUACGCUGAUGAGAUGGCUGGAUUGUGUGGAAAUGCGGACGGCAACGUUGAGCACGAAAUGAUUAUGCCCGACUUACGUGUGGCCGACGGUGAGCGUGAUUUUGUUGGGAGCUGGAAUAUGGAUGCAGGAAGGUGUGAAGUACCGCCACUGGUAGAGCCCGUAUCAGAUAGUGAAGAGGCGGUGGCGAUAUGCAACCGGUUCUUUACAGAAAUGGCUAGGGCUCACAGGUUCAUAGGUGAAAACGUUCACUACCACAACGCUUGUGUUUACGACGCCAGGUCGGGUAAAGACACCGGCCCGAGUGUCUACGCGUAUGUGUUAGCAGCAAAUGCCUUACAGAUGAAAGUCGAUGUUUGCCUUUACGGGUUGUGGUCGGACUGGUCAUUUUGUAGAAACAGGAAGCGGCAUCGAACACGACCAGUCAACUUCAGUGCACCAGAUGAGGUCUGUAGUCACGUGAGAGAAGAGCAGUCAUGUGAUAGCGCUGUGUCAGACGACGAUUGUGGAGUUGAUUUACAGCACCUCGUUAUGGUCGUCGGCGACAAGGUAUGCACUAGUGGCAGAAAGUUAAGGUCCUGCGUCGACAAGAAAUGCACACCAAUAUGGAAAAAGAUAGCCAAAGAGCAAACUUUCAAUUGCAUUUGGAGUCAACAUUAUGAGAAUGUUGGAGAGUCUGAGGAGAAAGUUGUCAAUACAUCUAGCAUCCGUCUUGCCUAUCGAGAAGUAGAACGAUGUUUGUGGCAGUGACGUGCUUGUAAAAAAUAGGCGAAAUAUUUUACAGUAGCUUUCGUGCUCCAUUCAUGAAGAAAAAGCGCGAUACAUAUAGACUAGCAGAAGGAACUUAUCAAUGUGUGUUGCAGUGACUGAGUCGUAUUCGCUUUGCUUUGUAUUUUACGAUAUAUCUUACGAUUUGAAGCAAAAA